AUGACGAUUAUGUCGCUGCCCAACGAGUUCAUGGGUCUCGGUGCUCACCAUUCCAUCCACCCCGACAACGUCGCUUCUCUGGUCAUCCCAUCGGCGCAUUCUAAUUCGAAUUUCGCCUCCACUCAGGCAGCCAAUAAUGUGGCUCAGUUUUGUGGCACCGGUUUCUUCCCCAACACACUCGGUUACGAGUUACCAUUUAUGAAUGCGCAGCAGCGUCCAGCUCAUUUCAACUCGCCCUUCCUGCAGCAAAAUAAACAUCAACCAGAAGUCUCGUCUAAAGAUGAAAUUGCGCAACUGGCUGUUAAUCGCACCAAUUCGUUCAACAAUGACGUUUCGGCGCAGUCUGCCUACUGGCCUCGUCAGGCACAAGUUAAUCCGUUUGGCUUUUUAUCACACGAAAUCCCCCAAGUCGAAGAGAAGUCUGCGUACGAUAACGUGCUGAGUGCUCAUUACCUUGCGCAGACCCUCAAUAUGAAUCAGAUGUCCGAUAACGAUAAAAAAGCGCAGCCCAAAAAGGAUUCACCGAUGAAAAAAGUGCCUCAGUCGUAUACGCAGCAGAAGUCGAUGGCAGACAUGAAAAUGUUUCAGAUGCAAGACGAGAUGGGCUAUCGAAACGGUGUGCUUCCCAAGUUGGACCAAGGUAAGCUGACGAACUACAAAAAAAUGGCCAAUGAGGUGGUCAGUGAAAGUGCUGCAGCUCGUGACUAUCGUACCUUCAAGACGGAUGCUGUGUUUAACGUAGCCUCACCUGUGGUUCGCUACACUGGUAAGGGAUCGAAACAGUUUUCACAGAAAGCUGCGAAAGCUGUCUCUGCUGUGCCUCCGAUAAAGAACCAGCGUGGUGUCAGCUGCUCUCCUCUCAUGGCGCAGAAAAUGGACUUUCAUCGAGAUGAUAGUCGAUCUUCACCUUUAAGUUCGGAUGACAAUAUGAGCGAGCAGAUGAGGUACUCGUCACCGAAUAGCAUCAAGGACGAUGCUGUCUAUCAUAGCAUGAACACCAUGAAUAACGUUUGUCAUUCGACUCUGCCAGUUAUUCCUAAUUAUCGUGAUCAUCAGGAUAUGAACUGCCACAUGAAUGGCAACAAGAACAAAGUUACCAACCAGUUCGCCAAGUUACCAACAAACGCUUCCAAUAACGGCGCCGUUGCCACAGACACGAGUCAGCUCAAUCGUAAAGCGUCUUUCACCUCACCCUAUACCUUGUUCAAUAAUCAGCUGCAGGCAAAGCCGGACAAGCCUGAACGGGUUGAACCUCAG